CUCCGCAGCGCAAUGAAAUGGCCCUCCGUAUGCCUUUCAAUCAAGACUUCUGGCAGGAAUACCUCGCCGGCCAGGAAGCUAGCCUCCCUGUGUUACCUGACAUUUCAACCCUCAGCAAUCGAGUGACUCGCAUCCUGGGCGGCAACCCAGGCGCGAUGCAUCUACAAGGCACAAACACGUAUCUGGUCGGGACUGGUCGAGAGCGGAUUCUCAUUGACACGGGACAGGGGCUCCCCGUCUGGCUCAACCGCAUCGCCGACCUCCUCAGCAGCCACGACAUCUCAAUUUCUCACAUCCUCCUUACGCAUUGGCACGGGGACCAUACAGGUGGUGUCCCCGAUUUGAUUUCGCAUGAGCCAUCCUUAGCUAGACACGUAUACAAGGCGCUGCCGGACCGUGACCAAAAUGGGAUCGACGACGGCCAGAUUUUCAGCGUGCCGGGGGCAACAAUCCGUGCGAUCUUCACACCUGGACACUCGAUAGACCACAUGUGCUUCCUACUCGAGGAGGAAAAUGCCCUCUUCACGGGCGAUAAUGUGCUGGGGCAUGGGUAUAGCGUUGCCCCGGAUCUCGGGCAGUAUAUGCAGAGCCUGGAGCGGAUGAAGGGCUUGGGGGCUACCCUGGGAUAUCCGGCGCAUGGCGCGGUAAUCGAGGAUCUGAACGCAAGGGUGGAAGAGUAUAUCCACCACAAGGAGGUAAGGGUGCGCGGGGUUUUGUCGGUACUGGUUAAGGAGAGAGAAAGGGUCAGUAAUGAAGGUACGCCUGGGAGGAUGAGAGUCCGGAAAGGGGGAAUGACACUGCGCGAGAUUGUGCGAGCGGUAUUUGGGACGGUUCCAGAAGAGGUCAUUGAACAGGCUUUGGCGCCAUUUCUGCUGCAGGUUCUGUGGAAGCUGACAGAAGACCGCCGAGUAGGCUUUGAGCCUGGGGAUCCGUGGAAGCGAAAGUGGUUUGCUGUUGUUUCUGCCAGGCAGUUGAAAUGAUUGCCAGACUGACAUACCCAUGCCUAAUUAAGCUUAAGUCCAACUAGAUUGGUGGCUAUGAUGAUGUAGGUGAAUGACUCCGAUCUUUGGAACAGGUCAGUUUUCCAGGCCGUGGACCUGGGUGUAUAGUGAAUAGAGCAUUUGUUUACCCCAAGUCUAGACCCUUGAUGUUUGCUUUUGCUGUUUAUGGGCCCAUUGUGCGUUUAUGUAGGGUUACUCCUCCACUUUCUGAACUUCCUUUUCAGAAGCUUUUGUGUGUGUGCUGUGUGUGUGCGUGAUGUACAAUGGCAGUUUUGACAACUCUCCC